UGCGCACGUUGAGUGCAGCCUCAGAACGUAUACCUAAUAAUAGAUUCCCUUACCGAGCCGCAGAUCAUCGCUGCUGCACGUUUGAAACUAGGCCGAGUCUGGGCGAUGCUGGACUAGAAUAUUACCCUCCAGACAGCAAAUUGGAGGGCGUUGAGGCUGAGCCGUGGCCAAGCUAUGCGUCCUGAUUCGACCAUUUACCCCUCUAUCUACCCUUCAAGAUACCCUUGUAACAUCGCUCUACUUUAUAUAUGCGCCCACUACCCACCACCUUCCUCGCGCCCCUCACAUCCUACCCUAACUUCUCAAAAAUGGCGGACGCCACCACCACCUCCCCAAUCUACCUCCCCGUCACAGCAACCGCCCCCGACCUCCUCGGCAUCGCCACCAUCAGCCCCAUCUAUGGCCCCGGCGCCUAUCUCGCCUGGCUCCUCACCCUCCUCGGCACCCUGUACCGCAUGUGGGUCGGGCACAAGAGCGGCAUCGACCCCAACCUCUGGCUCUUCAUGCUCGUUACCAAUAUCGCAGCCAUCAACCUCCUCAGUCACUGGAACCAAUUCGAGGCAGGCUGGCAAGCCGAUCUCGCUUCAGAUGCAUGGAAGAAAGAAGCCGGCCCCGUGGCGGCCGGCAUGACGGUUGUGUUCUGGGGCUUUGCGGCGAUCAUCCCGCAGCUGCUCGCUAUCGCGUGGACCAUUGGGAAUAAGCUCCCCAAGGACUCAGACUCAGAAGCAGACGUCAAAGAAGGCGAGAAGAGCGAGGGGGACAGAGAGUCUGUCCGCCAGCUUCCCCGCAUAUUGGUGCUUAUAGGCGGAAGCCUCCUCCCCCUGAUCGCCAUGUGCGUCGUCUUCGUCGGCGUGGUCCGCCGCGAGCUCGGCGACGCGGUGAGCCCCUGGCCAUACGACCAGAUCCCGUUCCUGUACACGCCUGGCGCGAUGACCGGGGCCACGUCACGUGCCGUCAUUGCGCUCUUCUUCCUCGCGGUCCCGGCACUGGCCAUGGCGGUGCUAGUACCGAGCUACGGCUUCGCACUCGGGGUCUGGGAGGGCGUGAAGCCGCGCUAUCCCGACGGAAGCCCGCUCCGCAAGCGCCUGGACACGCUGGCCGAGUGGAUGGAGACGGGGGUGCAGUGGGCGGCGAUGGCGCUCGUCUGCGCGUUUGGGGUCUAUCCUUUGCUGUUGCUGGUCAGCUUGCCGAUUAUCUACUUCGCUGUGCCACUAGAUCGGCCCCCGGUUCCUACGGACGACUCGAGCGUCAAAUGUUUCUAUAUGCCUUGCACGGCGUAUGCUAUCACGGACACAGAUCAGACGUUUGCGCUACUUACGGGUUGGCUUACGUUGGUGACCGAGGUGGGAAUGCAUCGUCUCCGGGUUGGAUCGGCAAAGAAGAAAGUGGAGGCGAAAGAGAAGGAAGAAGCAGAACUUGCCAAGCAGACGCAGGGCUACGAGAUUGCCAAGGAGCAUGAGGACGGGACGCUCGACAUGACUCCGAUUGUAAGGACGCAAUCGGGGCUGGAGAGGAUGGAGAAGCGGAAGAUGGUGAGGAUGGACUCGGAUGAAAAAGAUGUAUGAGACACCCCGGCUUGGAAUAGAUGAGGGUUCAAUGAUUGCCUCAGAAAGGGUGAGGAAGCUUGGUUGGUAUAGCAAACCUUCCUAGAAGGAAUUACAGGUUACAAAAUGCCGUUAAGGAUAGAAGUAUUUUGACUUCAGAUCUUGGCACUCUUGACGUUAGAUGGAAGCAGGCCGCCCGCCUUUAGCCUGCUUACAGAGGGCGCUUGCGACAACAUUCUCGCGCAUCAACAAUGAUCUCAAGUCACUUGCAUUUCUCUACUGGUCAAAAUACGCGCUGAUUUUCCUGUCGAAUGUGCGGUGCAGCCAUUGCGGUG